ACCUCCCGAGAUCUACCGGCCUAGUGUCAAUAUUGCAAACCUACCUUCAAGCGGGGGGGGGGGGGAGGUUGUAUCGUGAACCUACGGACUUCAGUUGACGGCUUUCAACUGCUGUUGACAGCGCAUGCGCUACCGCGCGUAUAUGUCCCGCGCAAAUUUUAUUUUAUUUAAAAAAUAAUAAUAAUAAUAAUAAUAAAUCUUUUUUUUUCUUCUUCACCCCUCGCGGUCGACUUGGGAUCUGUCGGCGGUCUACUGGUAGACCGCGAUCGACUGGUUGGGCACCCCUGGCUGGUCUUUAUUUUGUAUACAUUGAAUUAAUAUUUACAUGUAACAAUCAAGACUUGUUCAUUGUGGCUUUAGACCAGCUGCUGACAUUUAUCCGGCCUGUGUGAGCAGUCACAUACCAGAUUAGAACUAAGAUGUCUUGCAAAGUUCGCCACAAAUUUGUUUUUGUUUUGAACCCCAUGAUUUUGAUUGCCUGUCUGAAUGGUACAAUGACUUGCGGAAGGGAUGGUAUGGUGAAUGGCUUACACUGAUUAUUUCAUACAUAGUGUGUGUAUAAUGGCCUGCGCUAAUGAAACCACCUGACCCCACCCUGACACUAGUCUGGCAGAGCCCGCCUGGUGACGUGGUGCUACACUCCUGACCAAACCCUGACGCUCAAACAGACCUCAUCAUGGGAACAUGCCAGGCUACCAUGGACCAUGCUGUGAUGUAGUUAAAGAUUUAGCAAUCAGCUUUUUCACAUGUUUCCAACACUUUAAUAACUACUGUACCUGAAUAAGGUGAAAUGAAUGUAAUCUGAAGUAGCAGUGACCUUAACAAAUAAACGACUGGAGUCACGUGUGCUCUUAAAUGACACAAAGAAUCGUACUGAACCACUAUAACUACGUCCACACCAGCGCUCAUAAAGUUUCGCUGCGAAUAUUUCUGUUCGCUUUGGUCGCUCAAGUCAUGACGUACAAUUCAAAAGUGCCUGCCGGUGUUCCCUGGGAUCCACGCAAGCGAAGAGCGUCUACAUUCCGAUUGGCUGUCACUAGCCGCGUUUACAUGGCAGAUCUAUGCCGCAUAGAUUUCUAUGCGGCAUAGAUCUGUUCCUAAAAUGUGUUCCGAAUGUACUGUAUACAUGGCAGUAACAAAAGUGUCCGUUAUGUCUCUCGCGCACACCUGACACGUCUCUGGCCGACGGCGACAUAAUGGAUGUCUUAUCACUAUCGGGGAUUUUAAAUUUGAUUUUAAUGAAAGCACAGCAGGAGAGAGCUUUUCUCUGCCUGCUCCUUAAAUUAAGAAGGAGGAGGACAGCGCAGCAACGUCAAUUUCUCGUCAGAUCUUUAUAUUUACCCUAUGCUCCGCCGCAAACAAGAGGAAUUUGGAUGCGAGUCCGCAGCCAAGACUGGUGGGAGAGAGUGGUCUUACGGGAAUUUAGUGACCAGGAAUCCUCGAAGGUCCAAUUGCGCACUACUGCAGCUGCCAUCUCUCUAAGUUAAGAAGUAUUUUAACGUUCAGCCUGCAAAAGUACUAGUAGUAGCCUACUCAUUUACAGUUAUCUCGGACGCGCGCGGACACCUCAUUAAUAAACACCCAUGUCCCGUCGCUUAGCAACCGGACACGCUUACCAGACUACUUUUACGGAGUGAUAACAAAGACGUGAAUCAGGCAAUAAAUCCACUUUCCUUGACAGCGGUGAAGUUCGGUGUGCUUAAAAGUACCGACGGAGCUCAGUGAACUACUGCGGCUGCUCUAAAUUAAACCCCAAUCUAUGCGGAAUAAGUGUAUACAUGGCGAUUUAAAACGGACUACACCACCUAUUCUAUUCGGCAUAGAAUCUAUGCCGAACAGAUAAUUGUAUUCCGAAUGAGGCGUAUACAUGACCAUUUUCUAUGCCGCAUAGAAAUCUAUGCGGCAUAGAUGUGUCCAUGUAAACGCGGCUAGUGUUUUGCCGCUGAAACGCGUCAUAGUAAUUUGCAUAAAGUUCAACAGUUUUCAACUUUUUUUGGACGCUCUGGUCGCUCAACUUUGGCCGCUGGUAGCGUUGGUCGCUUUGGUCGCUCUUGCCCAUAGAAAGUGAAUGACUUCCGGCGAUAUGGUAGCUCAAUUCGCUUCUGGUGUGGACGUACAGUAAGCAAGUUAAGAUGUGACCAAAUAAUGCAAUACGUCAUCUCUCCAGAGGGCAGCAACAACUAAUUAUAAAGUAAGCAUUUUUUCAUCUGUUUAGCCGCUAAUGUGUCAAUGAGCCGCCAAAAUGUACACGUUGACACGCACACUCACAUGUACUGUUGUCGCAAAACCUGUAACCUAUUUCUAGCAAGCAAUGCAAAGAGAUUUGUUUUCCUUUACAAUAUAUCAGAUUUCACCACCGCUCCAUCGGUCACUACAAAGCACAACAAUGUUUACUCUAAUUAAAUUAUCUUUCACAAUAAAAAAUAUUUUAAACAAUUGUCUUUCAUUUCUAUUGUAAUAGGCCUACUUUUAACAUGAUUACUUCCAAUAGUGAAGUACUAUGAAUGGCCUACUGAUUUGAAGUAUGCUCAAGAAUAAACUUACCUUGCUUUGAGUUUUGGUUACUAUUUGCUUCUUUAAUUUAAAUGAUAUGAAUAUGAAGGGAUGCACACCUGUUGCCCAUAGUGUAAUCAGUGCACAGGUGAAACAAGCCAACCAGCCACGCACACACACACUUGGUGUGAGAGCUGCUGCAUGGAGCACCAGCGCCAUGGUUAAUUCAUCUGCACAAUAAAGAUGAUUCAAUACCACCACCCUGCGUCUUUGUGUUUAAAACCAAGAUCCAACGUUGGACAUGGAGCCCACAGAAAACACUGCUCUCACAGAACACGAUGGACCAACAAGGAGCAUGUCGCGGACACAGAUCUUCACAUUAAUAUCCGUGGCUUCUGUCAACUUUGGCUCAAUGAUCUGCUAUUCAAUACUUGGCCCGUUCUUCCCCAACGAGGCGGUCAAUAAGGGAGCCAGCCAGACGGCCAUCGGGCUCAUAUUCAGCUGUUAUGCGUUCAGCAACAUCAUUGGUGCGCUGCUAAUGGGGACAUAUAUUGUCCAGAUUGGUGCAAAAUUCAUGCUUGUGUCAGGCCUGUUUGUGUCAGGAGGAUGCACUAUCAUGUUUGGAUUCCUUGACAGAGCUCCCUCGGGGACGGUGUUCAUCGCUCUCUGCUUCAUUGUGCGGAGCAUCGACGCCAUUGGCUUCGCUGCUGCCGCAACCUCUUCCAUCGCAUUGGCAUCUAAAGUCUUUCCAAACAAUGUAGCGACUGUAUUGGGUAGUUUGGAGAUGUUCACCGGACUGGGUCUCAUUCUGGGGCCUCCUUUAGGAGGCUGGCUGUACCAGGCUUACGGAUACGAGCUUCCCUUCAUUGUUCUGGGCUGUAUCCUACUGCUGAUGGUUCCAUUCAACAUCAUCGUCAUGCCCAGCUGCGCUGCAGAGCCCUCUGAGAAUUCCUUUUUGCAAUUGCUGAAAGUACCCAAAGUAUUGCUCAUCUGCUUCUUCAUGUUCAGCUUAAGCUCAGGCCUGGGCUUCCUGGACACUACCUUGUCCCUAUACGCGAUUGAGAAGUUCGGUCUUACCCCGGGCUAUGUGGGCCUCCUCUUCCUGGGGGUCUCCUUACCUUACGGUCUGAGCUCGCCAGUUUUCGGUUUCUUUGCUGAUAAAUAUCCUACCUCAAGACGUUGGUUCUUGAUUCUCGGUGGCCUUCUCUCAGGGCUCUGUUUCUGUUUUCUUGGUCCAGCGCCGUUUCUCCACAUUACCAGCCAGCUGUGGUUGUUGAUCUUCAUGCUGUGCGUGAUUGGCUUUGGUUUGGGCCUUAGUCUCAUGCCUAGCCUACCAGAGAUCAUUGCCGCGGCACAUGAACAGGGCUUUGAAGAUGGACUUAGCACUCUGGGAAUGGUGUCUGGACUCUUUGGGGCCUGUUGGUCCAUGGGGAUGUUUUAUGGACCCAUGAUGGGUGGCGUUCUCACUCAACAUCUAACCUUUGAGUGGGCUGCAACUAUCCAAGGAGGGCUUUCAGUUCUGGCUGCCACACUACUUGGAUUGUAUUAUCAAUAUGAACAUUUAAAGAAGCGCAGUAUUGCAAAGGAAACCGGAAAUAGUUUUGUAGGAGAAGGAGGGAAUCUUUUGGCCUAAGCAAUCGGUCCUUACAAACAGCUAAAGAAGACGCUUCCUGAGGUAUAUGGUCCAGAGAUGGCUAUGAUUGGCAUAAAUCUGUAAGCUGCAUUAAAUACUUUUUUAUUUUUUAUUUAGUUGGGAAGUGCACAGGUAACUGGAAACGAUAGUCCAGGGGAAACUGCGGAAGAAGCCACUGUGAUGUGGUGUUAGAUGACACUGUGAUGUGGGGUUAGAAGCCUGGAUACAUAGACCAGAUCUUAUGAUUCAAACCUACAGUGAUUUCCAUAACGUACUAGCCCACCAGAACCCCCUGCCCACUAAGCUUCAGAGAGUGGUGGUGGUUUACCGGACAGUUUAAUCCUUCAUUUAUGAGCCGGGCUUAGCAAAAUCAUAAAAUAAAAUGACCCUUGUGAUUGUAUUCCAGUUCCAACCUACUUCUGUUUGUAAAUUGGAAAUUAAAACUCAAAUUACAG